AAAAUAAAAUAAAUAUUUACGGCGGGGGCGUCCAGCUCUCUCUCUUCUGCGAGACUGCAACGUCCGCCGUCUCCUCGCUCUCUCUCACACGCACAAAUCGAUCAUAAACCCUAGAAUUUAUCGAUCCAAGAAUCGAUAUUUCGUCCCCAAUUCAUUGGACCACAUCGACACCCCAUUUCGUCAAUUAUUGUCAGUUGAUUUCCCAAGAUCACCUUCAAUAGCCCAAGCUUUUAAGCUUUCCUCUGUGUUUGAGCUCAAAUGGAAGUUGGGCUCGUCACGAAAGGCUUGAAUUUCUCUCGGCGGAGAAAGAGAUGGCUUUUCGCACUUGCAGCUCUUGGCGUGUCCGGUUAUGGUGCUUAUAGGGUUUAUAACUUGCCCUCUGUGGUCAAGAAGAGGAAGAGGUUCGUGAAGCUCUUAGGAGCCCUAAUUUCUGUGGCGGAGAUGGUCUCUGAUUCGGCUGAGACCAUCGGCAUUGUCUCCAAGGACUUGAAGGAGUUUCUACGUUCUGAUUCAGACGAAAUGCCCCAGAGUUUAGUGCAAAUUUCCAAAAUUGCGAGGUCGGAGGAGUUCUCUGGGUCGCUGAGUAAGCUUACAGAGGCUAUGACGGUUGGGAUUGUUCGAGGGUGUAAAUUGGAGAUGGAAAAUCAGAGUGAAUCAGAGACGGGUUUGGGGAAUUCGAGCUUUUCCGAUAGGGUUUUGGAGAAGGUUUUCUCUACAGCCGGGACAAGGUUCGUUUCGGUUGUGGUUGGAAGCUUUGCGAGGAACUUGAUUCUGGGUUUUUACUCCAAUGAUCAAUCAGUCGAUAGUUCCAGUUCGUCCAGGUCAAGUUUAUCGGAUGUGCCUAGAUGGGUUAAUGUGGUUUGCAGUGAUAGAAGUAAAGAACUCAUAGCAAAUUGCAUACAGGUUUUCGUAAGCACUGCAGUUGCAGUGUACCUUGACAAAACGAAGGAUAUCAAUUUCAUUGAUGAAAUGUUUGAUGGAUUGACCAAUUCCAAGCAUCAAAACAAAGUAAGGGACGUUCUGGUUUCUCUUUGUAAUGGUGCUGUGGAAACGGUCGUCAGAACUUCUCACCAAGUUUUGACGAGUUCAAAUUCGAGUUCAAGUUCAAAUUCACGUUCUUUCUCCAUUGUUGAUCAGAAUGAAGGUCUAAGUGGAACUACAGACCAGUGCUUGGAGCAAGAAGUAUCUGCAGGGCAGCCGAAGGAGGGAACUUCAUUGGACGUUAUUCAGAGUAGUGGGUGGGUCGGCAAGGUUUCAUCUACAUUGGCAGUGCCAAGCAAUAGGAAGUUUGUUCUUGAUGUGACAGGGAGGGUGACAUUUGAGACAGUACGUUCUCUUGUUGAAUUUAUGUUGUGGACGGUGUUAGAUGGCUUGAAAAGAAGUGUUAAUGUACUUCAUGGGGAGGUUGAAGACAGGGGAUUGCAAGUCAUCAGAUACUUCAGUGGAAAGUCGUCCGUUAUAAUUACCAUAUGUCUUGCUUUGCAUUUAUAUAUCCUGAGUGGUACUAGAGUUCUCUUCACUGCUUAAUAUGAUGGCUUUAUCUCUCCCUUGUAAGAAGCUCCUAACAGGGAGGCAUGGUUCCCCUUGGGGAAGGUUAUGUAUCUAUUGUAUAUCUGUCUGUUAAUUGAAAUGGGAUAAAAAGGGGUUUAUGACUUCA